CACUUAGCUUUGGUUUGAUGAAAGGUCCCGUCACCCUUGUAGACGUGGAGUCGCCCUCAUUUCUGUGGUUAAAGUGUCCGGCGCUGAUCAUUGAUCUCUGAUACUGUUAUCAGCCGUUGAUAUAAACAGCGUUCGGCUCAAUCCCGGUCUCACUGGAAACCCUUGAACAUGAUCCCGGCAAACCAGCGCCUGCUCGUCCUUCUGCUGCUCUCUCUCGUGGCCUUGCAGGUCCAGUCGGCACCCGUAGAUUCUGACUGGGCAACUGGACUGAUCCAUCGGGCCAAACGCUCGUUGCUAUGGCGAUGGAACACUCUGAAACCCGUGGGUUCUGGAUGCAGAGAUCAUUAUGAGUGUGGAACAAACUACUGCAGGAAACACACAUGCGCCUUUAAUAAAGCUCAACCGGCGUGAGUGACGUGAUGAUUCUGGCGCCAAAUUCAAAUUAUGGAAAACAAAAUGGCUAAAAUUGCCCAUCCCUCGAUUUCUCAAACAUCAGGACCUACAUCCAACAUCUAAAGACUGUCAGACCUUACAUGAACUGUAUUCAGGUGAAUCUCUCCAAGAAAUGUACAUGUCAUAUUAAACUCCAAAAUCAAAAAAUGAUAUUACUUCU